CUACUACUACUACACAGGCAACGACAACAACAGCAGCUAAAUUCAGUGAAUGGCAGCCAUGGGGUCAAUGUUCAGCAACAUGUGAGGGUAUAAGACUGAGAUAUCGCACCUGUAACAUUGACGGUUCUUGCCACGGAUCUACAACAGAAAUUCUUCACUGUGGUGCACAUCAUUGUCCAGUGAAUGGCGUUUUAACUGCUUGGGGAAGCUGGACCGCUUGCAGUGCUAGCUGUGGAGGCGGUACCCAGAUGAGAUCUCGGACGUGUAUUCCGCCACAACAUGGAGGCAGCGAUUGUGUUGGGUCUUUGUUUGAAGUGAACAGUCAUUGCAAUUCGGAUCCAUGCCAUGUAAGUGGUCAAUUCAACGAAUGGCAGGCAUGGAGUCAGUGUACAGCCACUUGCGCGGGUGUGAGAGUAAGAACUAGAACCUGCCAAGUAGCGGGCUCAUGUCAUGGAGAUACACAAGAAGUACAUCAAUGCGGCUCACACAUUUGUCCAGUGGAUGGGACCUUAACUGCCUGGGGAAGCUGGACACCAUGUAGUUAUAGCUGUGGUGGUGGAACCAAGGUAAGAACUCGGGCGUGUAUUCCACCACAACAUGGCGGGAAGAAUUGUACGGGAUCUUUAUUUGAAGUUGACAUUCACUGCAAUCCCGAUCCAUGCAGUAAGUCAACAACGACAACUACUACUACUACAACGACAACAACAAAACCAACGACAACAACGACAAAGCCAACGACACCAACGACAAAACCAACGACAAAGCCAACGACAACAACGACACAAUUAACAACAUUAACAGCCACAACAACUACCUCGACGACCACAGAUGCAAACGCAGGUGCCCAAUGUCCUUAUUGUGACAGCUCAAUGAACUGCAACUGGAACAGGACCUGCCCAGGUUCUGAGACGUGUACGAUUCGAUCCCCAAAAGGUUCAGAUCAUACACUCCAUUGCUCUGUGAAACAAGAUUGCCUGCUCUUAAAAUCUUUUUUACCUGCGGGUGAGAUCGAAUGUUGUGAUGAUAGAUUCUGUGUUGAGGUACAAUUGGGAUUACGUACUUUACCAGUUGAGUGCCCCCAUUGUGACGAAGUAUUAAACUGUUCCUGGAACAGGACGUGUCCAGAUAACCAGACAUGUAUGAUUCGCUCCUACCAGGGAUUUAAAUUUACCGUCCAUUGCUCUGUGGCGGAUGAUUGUCUUUUUAUACAAAAAGCUUUACCUUCGGGAGAGAUUUAUUGCUGUAAAGACAGACAGUGUUUAAGUAAAUAUCUUGGAAUUUGAAUAAAAUGA